GAAGGAGUAAAAUACCUUUGCACGUCGGCGGAAGAAAAUGCUCAUUCAUAUGAAAUUACUGCUGUGAGAUGGGCUCCCUUGGGCAACAUUGUAGUGUCUGGCUCUCUUGAUUCUUCUGUGAAAAUAUGGGAUGGAAUAUCAGGAGAAUUACUUCGUGAAAUUCCAAAAGCACAUGGAUUAGGGAUUACAUGUGUUGAUGUACAUCCUGAAGGAGCAGAAAUUGCGACCACGUCCAUUGAAACUGAAAUUAAAAUAUGGGACGCUAAUUACGCGAGGGAAUUAGAGCAGAUCGAGGCUAAAUCCUUGCAAGCGUGGCAUGGUCAAUUCUCACCAGACGGCAAAUAUUAUGCAGCUGGAACUGCUGAUGGAAAAAUCAAUCUUUGGCCAACUGCAAAAGCAUAUCGUGAACUCGUACAGUAUGAUACGGGCCACUCAAAAUUUGUUCAUUGUGUUCGAUUCAGUCCUGAUAAAAAAUUUGUUGCCGUUGGAACGGAAUCUGGUGGAAUUUUCAUAAUUGAUUAUGCAACAGGAAAAUUAUUGUAUGCACUUUCAGGACACAGCAAAUUAGUUCGAUCUAUUGAUUUCUCAAAGGAUUCUUCGUUGUUGAUAUCUGGAUCUGACGAUCGAAUGAUAAAUAUUUAUGACAUAAAACAUGGUAAUCGGAUAACAAAUAUGCCAUCACAAGACGGCUGGGUUCUUUCUGUAGCUGCAUCCAGCAGUAAUUCUGCACAUUUUGCCUCCGGAACAACUGAGGGAACUGUCAAGAUCUGGGACAUAACUUCACGAAAAUGUGUCUGGUCAUCCAACGAUCAUAAAGAAUCUGUAUGGGAAAUCUCUUGGAAUCCAACGAGUGAUAUUUUCGUGACUGGAUCUGGCGAUAAAUCUUUAAGAUGGUGGUCAAGAACAGGUGAAAAGUAA